AUGGCGUCGAGUUUUGACCGGUGGGAAAAUGAUCCUUUCUUUAACGCCGCCGAAGAAGUUCAAGAUUCUGCAGACAGGAUGGAAUCUACGUAUAGAAUAUGGAUACACGCAACAAAAGAUGCGUCCAGCAUGUGGAACUCUGAUGAAUUGUGUAGAGACUUACGUACUGCACUUGGCACUGCCAAAUGGCAGUUAGAGGAAUUUGAGCGGGCAGUGAAGUCAAGUUAUGGCAAAGUCUCAAGUGAUGAAGCGAGAAGUAGGCACCGAGAUUUUAUCACUGCCAUUGAGGAUAAGAUAAUGAAAGUUGAGCAUUCGAUGAGUGAAUCGGUAGGCAAGGCGUCUCUGCCUUGGUUACGUUUAGACGAAGGAGAACAGAAUGAGCUUGCUUUGUUUCUUUCGGGAAUACCAGUAAUUAACAGCAGGGACAUUGAAGAUCCACGAUUAAGUGAUAACGUUUCACCGAGUCAUUGUUUGGAGGAUUUUCAUGUUUCAUCUGGAUGGGGUGAAUCAAAGGAGGAGCUACCACAUGGGCAUCGCAGGGCAGCCAGUGCUAGUGCUGAUAUUGGAUUUUGGAAAAUUUCAGUUCAUGAUGAUGCACAGCAGUGGAGUUCCUCUAGUUGUUCUUCUGGUCCAAUGCAUAAGGCACCUAGUUUAUCAGGAUUUAUUAGUUCCAUGGAAUCAGUCUCUAAGAUGAAGUGGCCUAGGAAUGGUUAUAGAAAGCUAAAAGGAGUGGAUCAUCAUAGAGAAACUGAUAGUACACUACUUCCAACAACUGAAUCCAAUAGGGGCAACAAUGCACGCUGUGAAAGAAGUAAGAGUGACCUUGAUAGUUGUGAUGAAUGCUAUGACAAGCAACUCUAUGGAUGGUGUGGUGCUAUUCGGAGACGGCUUCAAAGAUCUCAAUACCAAAUAAAAUACAGUCAGCCUGUUCGAAUAGCUGUUUGGAUUUCUUUUCUUCUUUGUUUUAUUGCUUUAAUUGCAUUCCACGCAAUGUAG